GCAUAAAACAGUUUGGUUUCUGCUUCAGAGGUUGCAAUUUCUGUUUUCAGUGUUACGUGCUUGAAUUAUAGCCUGGUUUAUUUACCAAAAGAACCAACCUCCAAAGCAACCCAAGACACGCUGGUACGGCUGCUCAAUGUGAUUAUAUGUAAGAACUAACAUGCUGCAGAGGACCAAAUGUCCAUCUCAUCCAGGAUCUUGCCUUUAUCAGCGGCCAGCAGCAGCAGCUGACUGAACAGCAUAGGAAACGGAGGAAGGCUGUCAGCUGCUGAAAUAUUAACGGAGUAAAUUUGUGACAGACACUUGUUCAGCCACUGCCUGAGAUGGAAACUGUGUUUGGGUAGCUACAGUGAGAACAGCAACUUCAAACUAAUUAUAGGUGAACUUGAUGGCUUGUUGAACUCAUUUAUAUUUGUUGCUCCCAGUGCUCCACAGCAGCAAGCUCCAGGCAGUUUUACCACGUUUCUGUGUGUGGGGUUGGUUGAUGUUGAGGUAGCCAGUCCCACUCAUCAACGUGCCCUCCAGUUGUCGUUCCUCUCCAUGCCAUUGUAACUCUGUUUUGAGGUGGAGUGUCCAGAGCUACAGAUAACUCGCAUCACAGCGAAUUGUUCCCUGUUUUGUUCUUAGCUGUGUUUUUCAUAAAUGCUGAGAUUUUUUUUUUCCUGACUUUUUCCUGCUGGGAGCUGAACUUUGCUUGCAACAAUCUCAAGAUCUUUCUCCUGAGUAGUAGAGUGUAGUUAAGGCUCCUUGUGUAUUUAUAGCUAGGGUUAUUUUUUCCCUCUGUUACUUUGUACUUGUCAAUGCAGGAUAAUAAAAUGACAAAAUAAAUUAUUUGGUAUCAUCAGAUCUGCUAUAACUCUGAAGUUUUUCUUUCAUUCUAACUUCGUGCAGUAAUGGGAAUUGUCAUAAUGCCCUCACCCUCUGCUUUUGCCAGAUUAGUCACAAAUGCUCACAGGCUUAGUGCGAUCCUUGCUAUGGUGCCUUCCCUGCUGUAUGACUGUUCAGUGUUCUGUUCACAGUCUUUUAGUAUAUUCUUUAGGAGGAGAAGGUACCCUCAUGGGUUUUGCUUUAAGGUGAUGUGAAGUGUACACAUUAGCUUGCCUUUCCUUUUUAGAUGCAACGUGUGAUGUAGGAACUUUCUGCUGGUCCAGAUGUAUGUAUUGCAGUGCCCGUUUUCCUUUGUUUUGAAGUUGGAUAUCCAGGAGCUUUGUAUCAUUAAGUCUCAGCCUGCUAUAUUCUCCAAUCAACACCUAGGAGACAGCAUUCUCUAGAGAUGGGAUUUCUUUGCACCAUAGUUUUAAUGGCUGUUGCUUUGUAAGCUUAGUGUCAUGACUUGCAUCACUUCCUGUAGGUAGCGUCAUCCCUGCAUCUCUUUUUCAGUUCUUUCUUCAUUGUCUUGUAUUUUUAACUCAGUCUGUCAUGUUUUUGUUAUGAUCAGCUUUUGAUGGUGAUGAUGGUUUAUUAUUAUAAGUUUAUUUUUUGAAUAAGCAUCAAGAAUCCACUGCCUGUCUCUCCUAUAGUUGUAUCAGUAGGAUUUUUGUAGCUUUAUCUGAAACUCUGAUUUUAAAGCCCAAACUUCUCGCUCACUCAACAUUGAUCUUGAAUAGGGAAUAUUAUUGGUUUUAAAGCAGUUUGGCUGUCAGGUGAAUAUCAGGUUUUAAAUCUCAUGGGUUUAAUCCUUGUUUAGCUAAAACACCCCAGUGUGAUUUCUGGGGGGUAUUUUUGUAUUAAGGAGUCAAAUUUUUUGUGAAGUGUGUGAGCAGACAUUUUCGGAGAAGAAAUAUUUCUGGAAAGUAAUGCUUCUUUGAUUACUGUGUUUCUAAAUGUGAAUUCACUUUCCUCCUGCUGCUAUAGGAAUUGGCUGGGGAUGUUGUAGUUAGGCUGACAGUGUAGUAUGUGUGUCCUUUCUUAACGUGUCUGAGGAGCAGGAAGAAGGGCUGUGACAGAUACUUGUGUCCAGAAGACUGCUAGCUGGAGGGCAAGAUGACUGAUGCUUUGUGUAUGAACAUGCAGAUGCAACAUUCACGCUGUAAUACUUUCUCCACUGCAGGAAAAUUGCAUCCUUCAGCCUUGCUCGCAGUCCCACAGCACUGUACACAUUUGUAGACAUCAAAGUGGUUUAUUAGAUUAUUGUUGGAGGAGUCAACCCCCUCUCAGCUUCUUUCAAUUUGUGCAUUUAGUAAUUUGAAUUGCAAUCUUACAGUAUUAUAGUCAGAAGCUCAUAGCAGUUUGUGCUGUUGUAUGGAUGUGUACUUGCAAUGCUUGGCAAGUUGUGGGAAGAUUUUUUGGUAGGUUAGUAUUAAUCUGCUGUGGAAUUUGAACAGUUUGUAGUAUACUGCGUGAGUGCAGUGGGAAGCUAAUAGCUGCAGAAAGUUCAAUUCAUAAAAAUGAUUGAUAUCUUGCCUGCUUGUGUAAGAACUUGUAUACAACUUUUGAAAAAGUAGAACUCAUGAUUUUUAGAUGUUUAUGAAUGGGAAACCUAAGUGAUAUUUUUCUGUUGUUUUUGUAAUCUAAGCAGCUGAAGCUUGCUUGGGUUUCUGCCUCAGCAAACCAUUAUUUGUUGUAUUAGUGAACUUCAGACACUGCUAGAAACAUAUGGAACCAGGAAUUAAUCCUUCUGUUAUUGUAAGCCAGGUAUUACUAUUAACAGAGUGUUUUUAUUUAGAAGAUGAAAUGCUGUGAGCAUCUCGACAGAGGCUGUUCUAAUGAACUGGGUUCUGAAACUAGCAACACAUGCUACUGCUGAGCCAGAGCCCUUUUGUCUGUUCACUGAAAACACCAUCCUAGUCUCUUUAAGGGGAAGGGGAAAAAAAGUACUUCUUAGCAUUCUGCCUUCUUCCAGGGCUGGAGCUUGAAGUGUAUAUGAAAGGAUGACAUACAAGCCACUUCCCCCACAGAACCAGUGCCAGAUAUUCUGUGCUUCUUAAUGCAACUAGAGAAAAUAGAAAGGGCUGAAAUAAUUGGAAUUCUUAAUGUUUCUCCAAUAGAUGAUAUGAAAAUAUGCCAUUUAGCGCAGGUUAAAAUGGCAAUAGGGACUAUUACUCACUAGGAGCAACUUCCGAGGCGUUAACUGCCUCUUGUUUUAGCAUUCUUAAAAAUGCCAUGUUUGUUUUGGGAACUUAAGACACCUCCUGCCUGGUACAAGGAUGUAUAUUUUUCUUGCAACAGAAGGGGCAGAAAAAAGGGUGUGGAGACUGAUAUCUUCAUGCUCUCCUUCCUCCUAGGGCAGGUGUUUCUUGGAAGAGGAGGGAAAAAGCAGACUUUGCAACGCAGUUGUGGUAUAUUGGACAGGGUAGAGGGAGGAAAGAGCUGCUUGGAUUUUGAGGUCAAUUGACAAACUUCCAAGGGGGAAGAAAGAAUAGGUUUUCCCAGGAUGCGUACAUAAACUUGUUCUUGCUUUUCUGUUUUUGUGUUGCAUGUUGUUUAAUUAUGAGCUCUUUAGGAGGACUGAUAUAAAUGUUCUGUGCAUUAAAUAUAUCAGGGUUUCUGUUACACUGAGUGAGUAAAUCACUGUUCAAAUAAUUAUAUAUUAAGCAAAAAGUUGUGUGUACUCUGGGCUGCCUGGGAAAUCUUUGGGUUUUUGUUACUUUUUUUUUUUUUUGAUUGCUGUGGGUUGUUCCCUGGAAGGAACAAGCUGUUGUGUGGUUGUGUGUUGGUUUUUUUGGUCUGCUUUGUUUUGUUUGUUUGUUUUUCUGGGAGAAGAAAGAGUGUAGUGAAACCAUUUUUGUUUAAACCUCCAGUAUUCAGAUGAAAUGGUGGCAGAUACAGAAACACACAAGACUCGGUGUUCUUCAAUUGUGCUGAGAGUUUUUCACUGUUGUUGUAUGCCAAUGUCUGUCUGACCUCCAGGAUGUUACCAGUUGAAGCUGAAUUGUAAGGCUUGGUCUGUACCCUGGCUUAUGCUGUUGUGUUUCCUCAGUAGCUUUGUGCGAGUCUUGUGAGACUGUUGAAUCCAGUGCUUUACCCAAAACGUCAUUUGGGGUAAAGAUAUUAGGAAAAUGUUUUUUUAAUCUCAGUCUUUCCUGGAUGACAAAACUCCCUCCACCCAAACCUGGGCUUUGCCGAGCUAAAGAUAGAUAAGGAAUCCUACGAGAAGAAAAAUGAUGAAUUAGGGGAAGUAAAAGGCUUAAAGUAGUUGUCAGAAUGGGAUUAACCUGACAGAGAAAUUGAGUUCUCUGUAAGAGAACACUUGAGGUACUCGGGCCACCACUUAAUUGCGCUUUUCAUUUAAUAGCUUUGUAGGAAAAUAAACAGGAGGGUGAGGAAUUGGUGUUGGAGGAGAGAGAAAUCCGUGGAUAUUAAACCAGCGCUGAGCCUGUGUUGUGCAUCUUUAGAGAGUGGGGAAAUGUGAGCGCUGGGGAGCGGGCAGGAAUGGAGCUGGCAGAGGGGAUUUCUCCCCACAAAGGUGUGCUGCAGGAGCAGCAAGGCAGCCCUGCGGGCGGUCCUGGUGUGCUCGGGGAUCAAACAGCAGCAGCCAUAGGCAGCUCGCAGGCUGCGGGAAGCAGCUGUGGUAAAGAGCAGGAGUGAGGGCCAAGCCUCACACAGUAAACAGCUAAUUCCCUCUAUUUUAUUUAUUUGUUUCCACUAUGGGCACUACAGUUCCAGAAAUCAGAGCAGAAGCGCUGGUGCUGGAACAGCCUGCGAGGGAAGCAGGGCGAAGGGGCAGCCCGGGGCCUGCAGGCAGCGGUGCGGGCCGAGCGGCCGUAGGCCUGGUGACAGCUGUGUCUGAGGCUGCAGGAAGGCAGUGCUUGUUCUGUGCCUGUGCUGCACUGGGAGCGCCUACAGCCUGUGUGCUGAGCACCAGCAGCUGCUCCGAGGAUGCGGUAACGGCCCUUCUCACUCAUGCUGUUAUUGUGGGAUGGAGGGGGAGAGAAAGGAGCUUUCCAUAUUCCCUUCAGCCUAGAGUCAGAAACAAGCAUGCGUUGCCUGGUUCUGUUUGCUGUCUUUUUAUGUAGGCUUAUAAGACGUGUGCUCUUUGUUUUGUGAAAGGUGAUGUCUUUAAGUGCUCGGUAAUAAUUUCUCAGUACGCUAAACCAGAAACUUACAAAAAGCUUAACGCUGUUUAUUUUCUUUCUUUAAUACGUACACAGAGCAUAUCUCUUUUGCUGUGGGAGGAUCUUAAGCUAGUUCUUUCCUCAGUGAGUCUCUGUGCUCGAGACAUCAGGAAUAUCAGCAUGAUAACGUGUUAUAAUGAAAGAAUGGCUGCUGAAAUAAAAUAAGCCUGAAUUAAAAAGCACAUCAAAAUCAAAUGCAGAAUGAGAAUGGGUUUUAGUAAAUAUUAGCUGGCUGUGCUUAAAACAGGUGUUGUAUUUAUUCAGGAAUAGGGAAAAUAGAACUUUCUGAUAACAGCAGGGGGUCCUCGCUGCCUUUCACAGAGCUCAGAGCGCCCAACAGAAGUCUGAGGCUUUUAGUGGAGAACUGUGUGAAAGUGAAUUUGUGAUAUUUCUUCUAGAAAAAAAAAAUCUCUUCUAGAAGGUGAGAAACAUUACCUUUUUCAUCUUGAUCUGCCUUCAGACUUUGAGAACAGGGAACAAACGGUUCCCCGUUAACAGUCCCCUCAAACAGUUAGAUAUUUUUGUCAUGUGAACAUCUGUUCACUAACAAAUCAUUUUUAUAUUGUCUCAUGAUAAUUAUUCAGCUGCCUGUGACAUACUAGAUCCAGAGCGAUCUGUGGCUUAAGGUAAGAAUUCAUGUGUGGCUUCUUAGUUUGAGCUAUCUUGCUUCCUGUUAAAACACAAAUUCUACAAAAGAGAAAAAGAGCUUCUGUAUUCAAGUACUUUAUGGUGUCAUUAAAUAUAGAACACGCAAAUGUACACUAGGAGCGAAAUUUCAAGUUUAUGCAGCUGUUCUAUACAUACAAGAUAUAGUAUAUGCAUUAAAAAUAAGCUAACAGUUACAGGUCAACUUCUCUUAAGAACUGUGGCAGACAGGAUGUCUGGACGUAUACUUGUUCCAGCAUAUUGAUUUGAAAGUUGACCCACAGCAAAAAGUUUACAGGUUGUAUGCAAAUAUAUCUAAAAUAAUUUGUUUUCUCAGUGACCCUUUUACACAAUCUGUUAGCAGAAAAUAAACAGCGAAGGAAUUGUUCUCUUCAGUGCUCUAGUGAUGAUAGUGAUGAUGGCUCAAUGAGAUAGCAAGAUUCAAAUACCUCUUUUCUGAGUCAUCCUGUAGAUUGUCUGGGCUCAGAGUGAAAAGAACAGGUUUAUGUCACUGGAUCAUCAAAAAUAAACUUGCCAGCCAUACUUGUGACAAGGUGGAGAAAGUGAAAGAUGACUUCUGAUUGCAGCAGCUAAAAACAAAAGCAAAAGCAACAAGGUGUGGUUUCUUACUUGGUGUACACAGGAUAGGACUUGCAGCUGCUGAAGGAAGGAAGAAGGUGGUCUCAUUUCUGCCCCUUGCCAGACCUGUCGGUGACUCGUUUUGCUUCCUGCAGUGUGACACCCUCCCUGCCUCUAGAAAGGAGGGACUUUGCAGCUGGAGCAGUGUGAGGGAGGGAGAGCAGGGCAGAUAGGUCAGUUGCGUGGGGAAGUGUGCCAGCUGCAGCGUAAGUGAAAUGAAAGUGGAGAAACUGAAGGAUGGCCCAUAAACUCUAAGUAGGACUGGGAUUUACUUAGACUAACAGUAUACAUCAAGAGGUUUAAUCUUUCUUCAUGCAUCCUUGAAGAAUCAGUCUGUUAGCAGGCUUCAGGGGCACACUGAGAGGAGCUUUACCGAAAGUACAGUAUCUGAUUUUGAAACCGUUCUAUAAAUAUGGAAGUGUAAGAGAUUAUCUGUUGCUGUGAGGUACCCUGCCAUAUAAUCGCUAAUCACAAUGCAUCUGAAUUUUGACUGUUUGCUUCUUAUAGCUUAUGUACCUAGCUUCUGUCUGAUAUUUGUGGUAGGGUAACAUCAGUAGAAGCUUGUGUAGCUAAUCUCCAUCAAUCUGCUGCUGAGAGUCUCCCUGUUGCUCCUUGUGAUUCUCAUCCUGUGAUGCUUUAAACUCCAAAUCCUUGUGAUAGCGGAGCUCUUCUCUUUCUUACCCUGUAAAUGUGUGCUAAACUUCUUUGUUGAGCACGUUUUCCCAUUUCAGUUUGCUGUUCCUUAAUUUUAAAAUGCCAUGUAUAAUUGCCUGUUUCCUGUUGCACGCAAGUUGCCGUUUAUCAAAAUAUGUUUAAUAGUGAUUUAUUCCCAUAACUGAUAUCCCCUUUAAGUAGUUUUCACUAUACUUUGUAACCAUGGAAAUGGUGUACAGGCGAUAUUUAUAAGGUAGAAGAAAAACAGGGUGUCUAAUGGGACCCCUGCUGUUCUGAAAUCUCUUCGACGGCAACAAAAAAAGUCCAGGCUCUCGGGAUUCCAUAUAAAUGUAAUAAGUCUUCUGAAAAGCAGAGAGAUUUUUUUCUAUAAAAUAUGUAUUCACUUUAAAUAAAUUAAUUCACACGUUCUUGUUGGAUGGUCCUUUAAAAAUUCAUGUUCUUUUAUCUCUGUUCUCUAAGUUUUGUAAUCUUGAAACUUUGCUCUUCAUCAGAAUGCCAACUCUAAGAAAACUUUAAUUGAUUUGCAGUCACAGUGCUGACACUGAGACUGAGAGUUAGCUGUUGCUUGCUGGUGCUUCUGGUUAAUGCUUGUUUAAUGUUUUAGCACUUUCACUGCUGCUUCCCUAAAAGCUGUGCUGUUGGACAGAGCUUUUUCCUCCCUGAGCUCCUGAAAUGUGUAGUGUGAGGGGGGAAGAGGGUAGAGGGAGGAUUAUUUCUUCUUCUUAACUUUUUGCUGUUUUUUUUUUCCUCUAAUUUUAUUCCUCAUCAUUAUUAUUCUGCUCUAACUUUUUUCACUUGUUUGGCAUUUCCCCCUGGUGGCAGACGAAGCUAACAGCACUGUGUGCUGUGGAAAUGGCAGGCCGGAGUCCUUGAACGGCCCUUUUUUGUGAUUGAGCUGCUAGCUGUUUUUCUGAUUAUUUAUUUAUUUAUUUAUGAUGCCGGUUUUUCCCCUGAUGACCCCCAGGAGACCAACAGGACUCAAGGAGCAGCUCGCCCAGGCCGGGGCUGCACGCACCCCCAGCUGCCCCUGAGAAGCGCUCAGCGCUGCCAGCGGUAGCUGAGAUGCUGCCAGGUUUGUUUCCUGCCCGCAGCCCUGCAAGCGUUCUUCGGAUCAGCUCCCGUUGUACUCUGGACCUCUCCCAAAACUCUUCUGCCUCACUAAUGUGUAAUUCCCGCAAGCCGGUUCUCUCCAAGAUAAAGUGGGUUGCUAGAAAAGGAAAAAGGCUGGCACUCGGUAUGAAAUUUUUCUGUCAUGUUUCAGUGAAUAAAACAGGAAGUUGGAGAUCCCUCCGUUCUUAAUGGAAUUGGAGAGAAAAAUACUACAGUAAGAACUGGAGCAGAGUUUUUCUCAUCGCUGUGUCUUCAGUUGUUAGAGCAAUUACUUGGAUUUCCUUAGUGUUUAACCGGUAUUAAAUGCUGUUCUUCCGAGAGAAUAGUUUGCUCUCCUCUUUGCAAUUCCUUCACCCGUAUCCUUUUCCCAAGUAGCCCUGAGUCCCAGGACUAUAAAAGGCAGUCAGAAACCUCUCCGCCACGGGAAUGAGAAAUUUACAACACACCUUGAGAAAAUCAGAUGAUAGUGAACUGAUUUUUCUGGACGCGUUAUCUAAAAAAACCGUCAAACAAGAUGACUCUGAAUAAGGCCCCUCUGGAAUUGUUUUUAAACAUUGAAACAAAACUGGGCUGUACAUAUAAGGUUUGGACACUGGGCUUCUAUUUUGGAUUUACCUACCAUACACCUGAAGGGGAAAAAGGUGGAUACUUUGUAAAUAUUUUGAAAAUUUAAAAAAAAAAAAGAUUCAAGUUCUGAGACUGCAAAAAAUGUCAGUUAUUUUAAGCAUAGCAACAGUUCAAUUGAUAAACUGUAUUUAAAGUGAGCAAAAAUGCCCGAUUCCAGGAACUUUAUGGGAUGUCAUAGAAUGCAGUAAAAAUGUCUAGAAUCUGACUCUAAAGUCAUCCUUAGGAUUUGAAUCUUAAUUUUUGGAAAAAUAAAAUUCUGUAUCUACUGGCUUCAUCAAUGAAAGCUUUGGUUUUGCGCUGCUAAUAACCAGAAAUUUCGCCUUCAUUAGAAGUGGGGCUUCCUUUUGGCGUGCGUGCGUAGAUAAACGAUGCCUGCUAAACAGCAAAGAAGUUUACCAACGUACAGGUUGGGUUAAUGCAACUUUACAUGAGCAGGAAUUCAGCCAUGCUGCACUGAAGAUGGUUUUGUGUUCAGCUGAAAAGCGGUGAUUCACUGAGCAGAGGGAGGCUUCAUGUUCUUGGUAGUAUUGCCGUGGGCACAAAAACAAGAAUUGUACUCAUGAUCCCUUCUUGAACGUUAGGAAGGGUUAUAUGGGAAAUACAUGGGGCCCUUGGUGGCUGUUCAGGAUGAACUUUUACCGUGCUUACCUACAGUCAUAGGUCAGGUGGACUUUCUGUAAUUCUCUCGUUUUGUUUUAUAUAGCUUUUUUUUCCUUAAAAUCACAGAUGCCUUAUUUAUCCUAUGGAAGGAUGUACUAAAGCUGGCAAUUCAAUGCUUUUGGUUUUGUUUUGUUUUGUUUUUUAGAUGGCAGCCUUUUAUCUGUAAAGGGAGAAUGUAGAGGGAGGCUGAGUGUUUCAUUUUAAAGGAGGGGGUAGAAGGCCGAAGGGAAUAACUUCCUCAAAACUGCACUGGUGAGGAGAGGAAACCAGGAACUAAAGGCACUGGAAUCAGCAAAGACAUAUCUAGAGAAAGUGGAGAAGGUAGAGAAUGGAGCUGCAGACUCUACAGGAGGCUCUGAAAGUGGAAAUUCAGGUUCACCAGAAACUGGUUGCCCAAAUGAAGCAAGAUCCACAGAUAUUUUUUCUUUCUAAUCAGAAUGCUGAUUUGAAGAAACAGCUUCAUGAACUUCAAGCCAAAAUCACAGCUCUGAGUGAGAAACAGAAAAGAGUGGUGGAACAGCUUCGAAAGAAUUUGAUAGUGAAGCAGGAACAGCCAGACAGUAAGUUUCAAAUACAGCCAUUGGCACAGUCAGAAAACAAACUACAGACGCCACAGCCACAACCACUACAACAACUACAGCAACACCACCAUCAACAGCAGCAGCAGUCUACUGCACCCUCUCCAAACGUGAUUGGAUCACAGAAAACGGUAACUACAGCUUCUAUGAUCACCACUAAGACACUACCUCUCGUCUUGAAAGCAGCAACUGCGACCAUGCCUGCCUCCGUUGUGGGUCAGAGACCUACCAUUGCCAUGGUUACUGCUAUCAACAACAACCAGAAAGCAGUCCUCAGCACUGAUGCGCAGAAUGCACCGGUCAACCUCCAGACAACAAAUAAGGUCACUGGGCCAGGAGCUGAGACCGUCCAAAUAGUGGCGAAAAACACAGUCACUUUGCAGGUUCAGGCUACACCCCAGCCCAUAAAAGUGCCGCAGUUCAUCCCUCCUCCCAGACUCACUCCUCGUCCAAACUUUCUUCCACAGGUUCGACCUAAGCCAGUUGCCCAAAAUAACAUUCCUAUUGCCCCAGCACCUCCUCCAAUGCUUGCAGCUCCUCAGCUUAUUCAGAGGCCUGUGAUGUUGACAACAAAGUUCACACCCACCUCUUUACCCAACUCUCAGAACUCCAUACAUCCAGUUCGUGUAGUUAACGGGCAGACAGCAACCAUAGCCAAAACUUUCCCUAUGGCACAGCUCACCAGCAUCGUGAUAGCAGCACCGGGUACCAGGCUUGCUGGACCUCAGACUGUACAGAUCAGCAAACCAAACAUAGAAAAACAGGCUAUUAAACCACAUGUGGAAGCAGAAGAGAAGCAAACAGAAAGUCGUACAGUUACUCCACCUGCUGCACCGAAGCCAAAACGAGAAGAAAAUCCACAGAAACUUGCCUUCAUGGUGUCUCUAGGACUAGUUACUCAUGACCAUCUGGAAGAAAUCCAAAGUAAGCGACAAGAGAGGAAAAGAAGAACAACAGCAAAUCCAGUAUACAGCGGAGCUGUUUUUGAGCCUGAGCGCAAGAAGAGUGCAGUCACGUACCUGAACAGCACAAUGCAUCCUGGAACGCGUAAAAGAGGUCGUCCACCUAAGUACAACACGGUGCUGGGGUUUGGGGCUUUGACGCCCACGUCCCCUCUGUCCAGUUAUCCUGACUCCCCUGAAAAUGAAAAGACAGAGACCACAUUUACUUUUCCCGCGGCUGUUCAGCCUGUGUCCCUGCCUAGCCCCAGCUCCACAGACGGCGAUAUCCAUGAGGAUUUUUGCAGUGUUUGCAGAAAAAGUGGACAGUUGCUGAUGUGUGACACAUGUUCACGUGUUUAUCACCUGGACUGUCUGGAUCCGCCUCUGAAAACCAUUCCCAAGGGCAUGUGGAUCUGUCCCAAAUGUCAAGACCAGAUGUUAAAGAAAGAAGAAGCAAUCCCAUGGCCAGGAACUUUAGCAAUUGUUCAUUCAUAUAUUGCAUAUAAAGCAGCAAAAGAAGAAGAAAAACAGAAACUACUUAAAUGGAGUUCAGAUUUAAAACAGGAAAGAGAACAACUAGAGCAGAAGGUCAAACAGCUCAGCAAUUCUAUAACGAAAUGCAUGGAAAUGAAGAAUACCAUCCUUGCAAAACAGAAGGAGAUGCACAGCUCCUUGGAGAAGGUAAAACAGCUGAUCCGCCUCAUCCAAGGCAUCGACCUUUCAAAACCCAUAAACUCUGAGGUCAAUUCAGUAGCCAUCUCCAAUGGCAUGGACUCCACUAACAAUACUAAUGCUGCCACCUCCACCUUAGCCCCCUCCCCUUCCCAGAGCUGCAUGGUGAACUGUAACAAGGGCGAUGAGACUAAAUAACACAGUGAAGUUCAGAAGGAGCCAAGGGAGGUGGCGGCGAGGAGGAGAAGCAAAAUAACAAAACUCUAGAAAAGCAAAACCGGAUUUCUUCUGGAAAGUGCAGAAUUCUUUAGUUCUUUGGUUCCAGAGAGAGCGUGAAGAUGCUUGUGCCAGGCGGCACCGGAGUUUGCCAAUUGAUCCUUCUUAUUCUGUGUGUACAUGCAAAGUUUGGAUCAUGAUACAUGAAUAGUGCCAGCUGGGGGUUCUUUGCCAGCACCAUGCCAAGUGAAAUAAUAUAUUUACUCUCUCUAUAUUUUACACCAGUGUGUGCCUGCAGCAGCCUCCACAGCCACUAUAGGUUUGUUUUAUUUUUGUUUGGGGUGAGGAGCAGGGAUAAGGGAGGAGAGCAGGUUUCAAAUCCUUAUUUGCAGAACAGUUUGUUUAGCUAGGGGAAAACAAAAACAAGUCCAAAGAGCCUGUGGGCUUUUCCUGUUUCUAAACUCUCAGUACUAUUAAACCAAAAAAACCACAGAAAUAUAAAUUAUCAAAUCCCAGUGCCCAGAAGGGACAAGUCUAUCAAAUAAGCAGUAUUUACUAUUGUUUAGACAGGAGAUGUACAAAAGGAAAGGAGAUGGACUUUUCACUGAGUAACCAGCACAUGUACAGGCUGAAGAUCUACUGUCCCAACAGCUUUGGGUUAAAUCGUACUUCUUCACAUCAGAGAAAUACAUGCUUUGCAGAACUGAUUCAAAUCUUCACACUCAUCCAGAAAGCCUAUGUUGGGAAUGGGAGAAUAGAGGGCCAGAAUCCAGGGUCAGCUUGGAGUGUUGGAUGGAGGUGUCCCAAGAGAAAAUGUGCAUCGAUUACUUGAAAAUGAGAUUCCAACCCUUUUCUAUAUUUAUAAACAACAAAACUGUCCUGAACAAAGUAGCACAUGACCCAGAUGUGUGAACUGAACAGAGAAAUGUCCUUUUCUUUCACUUCUUUUCUCUUCUUUUGGUAACAAGAACUAAAUAAGGAAUAGAAAAGCUGUUUUUCAGGCUGACAGUCUAAUUAAAGAGGUAGAUGGGACCUUGCAUGGUAUAGAUUAGAAGUAAUAGUGUCAGUGAGAUACAGUGAGUCUUUGUGAGUCCUUGUGUCAUCGUUUUGGGCACUGUUUUUUUAUGCAAGGGCAAAAUCUUUGUAUCUGGGGGUAAAAAAACAACUUUUUUAAAUUAAAAAGGAAAAUAAAAGAUAUUGAGGUCUUCCUAGUGUUACUUAAAAUAAGAUCAAGGUAAGAAACAUUGUAAAAAAAAAAAAAAAUUACAAAAGUGCUAUUUGUUUCCUAAACAAGUGAUUUCUAUUAAAAAGGUGUCAGAACUGGAGAAAAUGCUGUGUACUUAGAAUUUUUUAACACAGACUUUGCUUAUUUAUGAUGACAUUCUGCUGUGUUUGUGUUUAAAGAUCCAACGGGACAGUUUCCCUAGAUUAUACCAUACAUGCUACUGGCUAAACCCUAAAGAGAAUCAAAUCCACAGCGCUGGAUCUCACCCCACCUGGAGGAUCUGCCUAGCUUGUCUCUGCUGUUACCGUAUCUUCCCCUUUCCUUGAUGUGUGUGUAGCCCAGAGAAAAGCACUGGCAGUCUACUUGCUUAAGGCUUUAAUGCUUUUGUGAUAUGGACUGAUUAGAGCUUGAGAAUGAGAGAGCGUUUGUUGGGCUGAAGUCGCCUUUCAUUAUAUCCUUCAUUUAAGAAGUUCAUCUCUUGCACAUAGCCUUUUCACUAUUGGUAGCAAAGCUUUCCUUGUGCUCCUGUUAUGGUGGGGUCUGUCCCAGCGUAGAGUACUGACUCGUGUCACUUAGGGCUAUGUCACAGAGCUGCCCACUUUCACUGCUGCAUGGAAAUAUUUGGGCAAACUCUAGUUCCACUGGAAGUGCUGGCAAAACUCCCGUUACUCCCAGUGGGAGCAGAGCUGAGCUUCUCCCCAGGCAGCACGAGGCCAGGUCCCUGCUGUGGUGCCCUCCAGUGUGGGCAUUGGGCAGUCCUGCCCACCCACUGAUCCUUCUGGAACAGAGAAAGCCUUGCAUUUCAGGACUGCAUUUCUGAGAAAGAAGUAGCGAAUGCUCCAAACACUACAUAGCCUGAAAGAGUCUCCUUGCUGCCACAGCCAAGCAUGCUUCUGCAGGAUUCUUGGCGCUGCUGUCUUCCCCUUCCUUUGCUCACCCUCCUGACCUUUAAGGACUUCUCCUAGGACUGUGUGCUAUUUUCAGAACUGAGCUCAGAACUGAUAUCCUGAGUUCUCAUGUUUGUCCGUAGCUUGGGAAAAUGACUCUUACGUGCACGUCCCAGCUAAACCUGUGAUAACCUCAACUCAUGGUUUGGAUAUUUGCUAGCAGAGCUGUAGGAUCAAACCGAUCGAACUAAAAAUGUCCUACUUGCAUCAACCCAAUUACUAAUUGAAGUCAUUACCAUUGAGCAGCCUGGCCAGGUUCUUCUCUAGUUGGUUGCUUGGGUAACUCCCCUUCUUCUGAACCAUGAAGUACAUUCCCAGUUAAGAGACAGUAUCUUCAUGUUCUCAUGUUCUUCUUUCUGGUGUUAUUUUCUGAGCUCUGCUGGGAGCACUGCACUCCUUGGAUGCAGUAAGCUGCUGGAAGACUUGAGAGUCCUUCUGUUUGCUUUGCUGGUUCAGGAAGGGAUGGGAAUGAAAUUCACUGGUAGCUGCAUUUAAAUCUGAGCAUAGUUACCCAGCCAGGAGAUGUUAAAACAGCUGUUACUGCUUUUUCAAGGCAUCUGCUUGUCUUUAGAAACUGAGUAGCUGAGUACAGACUUUUGUCUCCUUUUCUUACAGCGUUAUGUUCCAGACUGUCAAAGGACACCUUUAGUUAAUCAUUGCCUGGCAGAGAAAUGACCUCAACUUAGACUUCUCAGUGCUGCUGGGUAGUUUUUGCUCCCUGAUCCUGUUUGAGCGCUUUCCUUCCUGGCUCUGCAGCAAUAUCAGUCAACAGGCAAAGAUCAUUCCCAGGGCUUGCUGACACUGGCAACGAUGUUGGUACAUAGGCAUGAGUAAAUUUCUGCCCAAUUAGCAUCAAUGAGGUAGAAGGGGAAAUGGUGUUUGCUAAAUACAGAGGGAAAGAUUGUUCUGUUUUCUGCCUGCUCUCAGAGUUUCCAAUGAAUGGCAAAAUUCGAAGUUUCUGACAAGUUUAAGAUUUUCUUUUUGAUUUGUUGGGUUUUUUUUUUUUUUUUUUUUUUCUCAUGUAGCAUUUGAGACAGGCUGAGUUGGUAUUAGAACUUCUCUUCAAGAAACUGUCAUAAUGACUGGCAUUUUGUAUUUCCAAACCACCAUAAAGGUAACAACUAAUUCUUAUGUCAUCGCUUGCCAUUAGUGGGAAAUAAGUGGCUUUUAAAUCUCACUCGUAAAGGAGGAGAAGAUGAGACCACAGAGGAAGCUCCUAUCAGAGAUGUUCCUGGCGCUCAGCCCAGUGCUAAGGGCUUUCAGAAGUCAUCCUGCUGCUUUAACUGCUCAGAAAUAGAAUAAGAAUUGCAGAAACAGUUUUUCCCUUCUCCUUGCAAUCUGUUCUUUAAACAGCUGGAAAAGUAUGGUGUGGUCAAAGCCUGAAAACGAGCAUGUGAUCUGGCCAGAAGAAUUAGUGCUACCAUUAGGAUCCUCUUUAUCUUUGCACAGCGGAACUUUUAGCGCUGUACAAAAUGCGAUGAAGGCAAUCCUUCCAGGGAUGAGUGGUGCAGAUGGUUCUUCAUUAGCCAAGACUUACCAUGGCAGUAGGAGGAACCAGUAGAUUGCAUGAACAGAAUAAGGAUUUUGUCCUUUGAACAAGUAACUUUCUGUCAGUGGGGUUAUGAGCUAAAAGGCACCUGCCUAGAAAUUAAAGAGGUGAGAAUUUUACGGGCACAGUGUUGGUUGUUUUGAUGGCAGAAAAAAAUGACCCGGUGUUUUAUCCCUCCCAACAGACCAGGCUUGAGAGAGCAAAUCUGUAUUCCAGCUGUCUAGGUGUAUAGACCGUAAUUCUGGCCUCCUUGGCUUCAAAAUCAUCUUCUUCCCUGGACGGAUGCAGAGGCAGCCCCAAAAAGCAAUAUGGUCAACAUUGAAGUCUCCCUCUUGGUCACACCAUGCUGUGGCAACCCACAAUACAGGGAGUAAACUCUGACAUCUCCUUCUCAUGUGGAUGCAGUGGAAAAUACCUGCGACUUUGCAGUGCACAUUUCUCUUUCCUUUUGUUUCCCGGCUGAGUAGGGCCCCUGCCCUCUUUGCUUCUGAAGCACUGGUGACGAAUAUAUGUUUUUUUAAUGAAAUGUGUUUUUAGAAGAUCAUAUUCAGAUGUCAAACCAAAUUCACUCUUUCACUGGGGGCUUCCCUCUGCCAGCUGCUCAGAUAACAAUUCAAAUACUGAUAUUACACUUCAUGGUGGACCAUGCCCCUUUGGGCAGACUUUGUCGUGUCUUUUCAGAACCGUUCUGACCCUUCUUCACCUCCAUUUUGUCCUCCUUCGGGAUUCUGAAGAUCCAGGGCAAGGUCAGCCUUGCUGGGUUACUGCAGAGAGUUUUCUGACAGACACAGUUGUAGAAACUCUGCUGAAGAGUCAGGAACCUGGAGAAAGACAACGCCACUGUGUCGUGCAGCUGAUUCAUUUGGCACUGAGGCUUGCCUGGCCAACAAACUACCUCAGCAAAGGCCAUUCCCAAGCACCAUGUGGAUUCUGUAGUUUCCAUCAUUCAGAAGGCAAAAUGUCUCCAAAGAAGCCUUGCAAGCAGCCAGCUAGGUGCCGGCCUCUGAAUGCGUGCGAGCGAGCCUUAUAGCAGCACGUUAUCAAACAUUCGCUUUCAUUGAUCAGACCUGGGCCAGGGAAUGCCCUAAAAAUCAGGGGGAUCAGGAAAACACAAGAGCUGCAGACGUCUUGUCUCCAGGUUAUGCCGUCUUACUCAGAUCCUUCUUUGAGCCUCAGUCUUGUUUGUAACACCUACAGAAUGGAAUGUAAUACUUGAAAAUAUGACUCUCAUUAUCUUUUACCUUUAGCUCCCAUUUCCCAAUGUUUAUCUUUCAUCUGGGACAAGAACUUUCUGCAUCAUUGUGUCUUGUAUAGGCUGAGCACAUAGUUGAAACUUGCCAAUAAAGAGAAUUAUUUAUACCA